AUGGCGGCCGUCACUGCCAAUGCAGUGGCUCAUCAGAUACCCCCGAUGUCCAUCCCUGCGAUGCCACGUAUACGACCUCCUCGAAUGCUAAAGGGAGAACCUCAUCCCAAUCAAGGUCUCCAACCCACGGUCGUGCCCAAAAAUGGCAACAUAAAAUGGGUUCAGGGCAAGUGGCGAGCAGGAGGUUCCAAUGCGGUCAAAAAUAGAGCAGCUACGCAAGACAUGCAAGUUGCAAAGGCUCUUCGACAUCAAAGACAUGGUUUAGACAUCUAUGCCUACCGCCAUAUUCGGACUAAUCAAGUUGUGUACAGCUUGACGAGGACUCUGCAGGAAACAAAAAUCCUCAAACAACUGCUCUACCACGGCAAGAAGACUGUGCCCGCGUCGGUGCGCCCUGAUAUGUGGACGCCAUACUUUUCCAUACACUUUCCACCCACCGCCGCAGGCGCAUUAGAAGGCCUUUUUGCGUUUCAAAAACUCCGCGAGCUUUCGAUGCAAAGACAACUAUCCCCACCCGAGGACUUGAUUAAAGCCACACAAGAGGACAUAGAUAUCGUGAAAUCCAAGCUAGGGUCCCCUGUGACCCUUCAGGAAAUGGCGGUUCGCGAUGGACUCGUUGGAAAGAUUCCUAAGCUUGACGAGAUCCUACCUAAGAAGCUACGGGCGCGAAAAUUGAUGGACCAAAAAGCUACCAGUGUUGCCGAUGUUGCAUUUGUGCUUGACUGGAUAUCGUCGGGACCCAGUCCUUGGGAAAAGGUGACGAUGGUGGAAACCAGCCGGCUGAUAAAAGCCUCGGAGAUGACGAACCGAGCACGACGGCGCGUCAACAAGAUUCGCAAGGAACUGGAGAAAAAGGCGGCAGAGAUUCGAAGCCGGGCCGCGCUGGCUCUCCAAGAUCUUCCCGCGCACGAACGAGCGCUUCUUCCUCUCACACGCAACGCGAUUCAGCAGCUCAGCAUGGAGCAUCAUGGCAUUAUCCGUGGCCGUAAGCUUGAUGUCUCGAACGGCGAAUCCCACAACGAUUUAAAGGCCCCGGAAGAGUAUGAUUCCGCACAACUACGAGAAGAACUGAAACAGCAGAACCUGGAUGUUUUCAAGGAACGCCAACAAAUUGCAAAGGCAGCGGAGCAGGGAGCGAUCGAGGAAUGGUUCAACAAUAACGAACUCCCAAUCACAGAGGCUGGUUCGGUCUGGGAACAUGUAUCCGCGGCUAGAGAAUCAGCCCUCAAGUCAUUUGACGCUCAAGACAGGCUGAAUGGCUCGGAGACGCAGUCAGCAACACUACAAACGUCUCAGAGUACAGGCGCGAACCAGGCGCAUAGUACCACCACAAAACCGGAAUGGGCCAAACAAACCCGUGAGAUCAAGAUGUACUGGGCCGACUUGAACGACGGACUCUUCGCAGCCUCCUGGCCAGGUAACGUCGUUCAUGGCGCCCUCGCGCCCUUCGGCUUGGCCAAGGCUUGGAAGACGAAACUUGGACUUGAUGAUGAGGGCGAAUUUCCGAAGGGAAAACCACAGCAGCAAUACCAAGCUGUUGUGUCCAAGAGUGUGCACGUCAUCGGCAGUGGAAUAAAUGAUGGCUGGAUGCCCAAAGAGAUGGCGAAUGGGUAUACGCAACCGCCAUUGUGGGAACAACCGCCGUUGACUGAGCCUGAAGAAGAUUUUACGGAUUAUCCGACUGAGCAGGCAGAGAUGGAGGAAUUUAGCGCUGCCUCGCCUCAAGAGAAGGUUGCAUCUAGAUCAGCGCCAGAGGAAUAUGAAGAUGUGGUGGUCGAAGCCAGACCCAGAGGGUUUUGGGGACGGGUCAGAGGGCUCUUUGGUCGGUGA